UAUAAGAGCCUCUCCCCCAUUUCUUGUUCUUCUUACUCUUCUAUUGAGAAGCAAAGCUCUCAUAGAUUAGAUGGCUGACCCUGUUAUCUCUCUCGUUGUUGAGAGAACUGGUGAUCUGCUGAUUCAAAAAAUUGUUUUCCUGAAAGGUGUUCGAGGCCAAGUUGAGAGACUUCAAAAUGAUCUGGUCCGGAUGCGGUGUUUCCUGAAAGAUGCUGAUCAGAGGCAAGAUGAAGAUGCGAGGAUCCGCAACUGGGUUUCUGAAAUCAGAGCCGCUGCCUACGAUGCGGAGGAUAUCAUUGAGAUCUUUGCCAGCAAAAUUGAAAGUAUAAGAGAUAAGGGAUUUGUGACUAGAUUGGCAUAUUAUCCCUGGCGGAUUGUGAGCCUUAACAAGAUCGGUAAAGAGAUUGAGUCCUUACAGACAAGGCUCGAUAACAUAGCCGCUAGCCGCGAAAAGUUUGGUAUCAAAAAUCUUGGAGAGGGAACGAGUACACAUGGAGAAGAGCUUCAACGGCUCCGGCGGUCCUCUCCUCUCAGCGAGGACAAGGAUAUUGUGGGCUUCGAGGAGAUGACAAAAUCCCUGGUGACAGAACUCUUGAAAGAGGACAGAAACCGCCGCGUGGUUUCAAUCAUUGGCAUGGGAGGUGCAGGUAAGACAACUCUAGCCAAAAAAGUUUAUAACCAUGCUGACCUCAUGACUAGAUUCAACUGCCGUGCUUGGGUAUGCGUCUCUUCAAGCUACAAUCACAAAGAGACGCUGAGGACAAUCAUAAAGCAAUUACAUCCGAUGACUAAUGAGCUACUUGACAUGUUGGAAAAGAUGCAGGAGCAGGACUUGGAACAAAGGCUCUAUCAAGAUCUACAAGAUAAACGUUAUCUUGUGGUACUUGAUGAUGUAUGGGAGGAAGAAGCGUGGGAUUGUCUAGCCAGGAAUGCCUUUCCUGAUAGUAGCACAUCAAGUAGAUUGCUACUUACAAGUCGCAAUCGGGAUGUUGCCGUACACGCAGAUGCUCUUAGCAUCCCACAUGAGCUGAAAACAUUGGGGAAGGAGGAUAGCUGGCAGUUGUUUCUCAGAAAGGCCUUAGCCCACGGGGAUAAUGCUGGGUGUCCUUCGGAUUUGGAAGAAGUGGGCAGAGAGAUUGCAAGGAGAUGUGCUGGUCUGCCACUGGCCAUCACAGUUGUAGGUGGGCUGCUACUGGGCAAGAAAGAGUUGAAGAGUGAAUGGGAGAAAGUUCUCAACAGCUUCAACAGAAACCUCUCAAGGAGCCAGAGUGGAGUAUCGGCAAUUCUGGAAUUAAGUUAUGCAGAUCUUCCUCCCAAUCUGAAAUUUUGCUUUUUGUAUUUGGGUUUGUUUCCCGAAGCCUCCGUGAUUUCUGUGCCCAAGUUGAUCCAUAUGUGGGUUGCAGAGGGAAUAAUGCAGAAAAGAGAUGCAGAAAAUUUGGAGGAAACUGCAGCAUAUGAUGAUGUGGAACGACUUUGUGGCAGGAAUAUGGUCCAGGUGGUGGAAACGACUGUUGAUGAGAGGAUUAAAAGCUGCAGAAUCCAUGAUUUACUGCGAGAGGUUGCAAUCAGGAAGGCAGAGGAUGAAAAUUUUUUUCAGAUCCAUGACACCAGAGAUGGUAAAAUAUCAGUCAAAUCCAGGUACCUUGCUGUUCAUAGUCUCCCUUUGGAUAAAAACUACUAUUUUGGGACUUCGAUCCCUCCUCUCCGGUCUCUGCUCUUUUUCAAUGUCCACGAUUACAGGGAAGGCAUUAGUCUUAGUUUCAAAAGUUUCAGAAAGCUUAGGAUGCUAGACCUUGAGAAUGUUAAGAUGGGUUAUAAUUUGCCAAAAGGAAUUGGUGAAGUCAGGCUUCUAAGAUACCUCGGUUUAAGAGGCACAUCCAUUCGCAGGCUCCCUCAUUCCUUCGGUUGCUUGCGCAACCUACAAACUCUUGACAUACGGAACUCUUACCCAGUGAGAGUUUCAAAUUUCAUUUGGAAGCUUGAAAGUUUACGGCAUCUAUAUGCGUAUGAUAUGAAAUGUGAUGUGCCUCUUAAGAUUGAAGGAUUGAGAAAUCUCCAGACUCUGUCACGCGUACGCUUUGAUGACAUUAUGCAUAAUAACAUGAAAACUUUGACAAGUCUUCAGAAACUGGGGAUUUGGGUGGAUGACAGGUCAAACAUAGACAAACUCUGCACGCAUUUAUCUGAGGUUGGAAGCCUAAAGACGUUACAUCUUUAUUCUAUUGAAGGAAGAGGAUUCUGGUUGCCGCCUCUAUAUGGACUUUCUAAGCUCCAUCAAGUAACAGAGCUUAAGCUAUCCGGGCAGUGGAAAAUGCUACCUCCUGAUUUCCCUCCAAAUCUCUCUCGCUUGUCUUUGAAAGACAUGUCACUCUGGAAUGACCCAAUGCCAGUACUAGAGAAGUUGGGACAGCUGUCGUUCCUCAAAAUGAAAGAUGCAUACAAGGAACAACAGCUAGUCAUUUCUGGGCAUGGGUUUCACCAAUUGAAAUUCCUUGAGCUCAAUGGCCUAUCUGAUUUGCGUGAAAUAAAGGCGGAGAAAGGUGCAUUGCCACAGCUCCGGUGCCUGAGAAUCAGGAAGUGCGGCAAAUGUCGGAAGUUGCCGGAAGUGCCGCCUACAUGUACUCUUGAUGUAAUUCAUGAGUGGGAUCCUUCGGGUCUGCUACUGCUUCCACUGGUUCCACUAUUCUUGUGCCAUAUCUUGUAG